CUUGGUCCUUCCCCAAAAACGGCCGUGAGGCGAAUAAGGACUACUGGUAUCUGUUGAAUCCUUCAUUCCUCUCAAUUCCGAACAUCUCUCAUUCUCUCUCUAGAUGGAAACGACCAAUCCACAGCUCCUCUUAGCUCUUAUUACCACAACUUCUUGGUCUUUUCCGUCGCCGUGGCCGCUAUUUGAGGAGAUCUCACCGUUUUUUUUUUUUUUUUUUUUUUUUUUUUCUGUAAUUUUCUCUUUCGGAUCUCUGCGUCACUGAGUUUCAGAGAUAACGAUCGGUGCUGGAAAAUGGAGCCUGAGGUCAUAGAAUCAAACAUUCUGUUGCCUCAGCAUCUUAGUUUCAAGAAGGUACAAAUGUCAGAGAAAUACCCCAAAGGGGUUGCAAGAGGCAGACAUUGGAAGCAUUUGAAGCAGAUUCUUCAAGCUGAAAAUUACCUAACUUAUCCUUCUAGUGAACCCAACUAUGUUAAUAUUGAGUCACCUCCCUCUAUGUAUCCAUCAAAGAAAUUCUGUGAUAUAACAGGAUUUGAGGCACCGUAUGUUGACCCAAGGACAAACCUCCGCUAUGCAAAUGUGGAUGUGUUCAAGAGAAUAAGAUCACUACCCAAUGAGUAUGUUCAAAGGUACCUGGCUCUCAGAAAUGCUGCAGUUGUCCUGAGGUAGAUUGAGGACAUCAGAAAUUUUUGGUUGACUUCACUUGUCUUUCGAGGUGAACCACUGGGGAGGUCUGUUGUUGGGUUAUUUGCAAUGAUGACAGACAAAUCAUCCAAGGUCCCUUUACUGUAAAGUAAUACUGAACUACAUAAAAUGAAAGCAAAGCUUGAAAGACUAAGAGAUUAACUGGAUGAUGAAUUUAGACUAAAUCUACUGGAUGAUGAAUUUACACA